AUGGAUUCAGGUGAUCUAGUGGAUAUUACCACUGCCUGCUCUUCACAGGGGAAUUUCAAUAUCUUGGGAGUGGUAGUUGAUACUCUACCACUCUUUCGGACCAGAGGCUCGUCGGCAUGCAUCACAUUCACUAUCAAAGACUCUGAUUUUGAUGCACCAACCUGGGCAGGUGGCCUCAAAGUCAAAUAUUUCAAUGACGAUGAGAGCCAUAUUCCCAAUGUUAAGCUCAAAGAUGUAGUUCUACUACGAAAUAUCCGGGUGUCAAUUUACCAGAACAAGCCAACAGGGGUUGUUUCUCAGAAUUCCAAUGUAUCAUGGGUUAUUUUCCGACCAGAGCCAAGUUUAGGUUCCAGCCCGUUUAUCACCAGUGGUCCUAUUCCGUUCGAGCCGAGUUUAAAGGAAAAGGACCAGGCACAAUCGCUCCUGGAUUUCGUAUCUACCAAAGGAACCACUGUGCGACAAUCCACGUCGUACAGUGUACCCGCCUUCCAGCAGUUUUCUCAUGUUCUGAUUCCUAAUUCAACCCCAAAAUCUGGAGGGCUACCUUAUGUCCAUAUUCAGUCCGCAAAGGUUGGCAAGUUGUGUCAGUUACUUGGACAAGUUGUGAACCUCAAUACUUAUGACAGUGAGAAAUGUCUACUAUACUUGACUGAUUUCACUGAGAAUGAGGAGCUUGUCAACUACAAGAAACCCGGAGAAGAAGACGAUGAAUCAGGCCCUGAGGGCGACCGUUUUAAUUACAUACAAAAGAAAAAGAACUGGCCAGGUCCAUGGGGCAAAUUGACCAUCCAAGUAACUUUAUGGGAACCGCAUGCCACCUAUGCCCGAGAACACAUCAAGCCAGGUGACAUCACUCUAUUGACCUAUGCUCGUAUCAAGGAAGGCCGUGGUGGCUUGGAAGCUGCAGUUCAUGAGGACAGAAAAUACCCGGAGAAAAUCCAUCUCCGGAAGGUGGAUAGUGACGCUGACGAGCGUGUACAAGAAUUGAUGAACCGUCGGGCAGAGUAUUGGAAGAUCCACGGUGAACCGAAAACAGAUACCAAAAAAGCCAAAAAACGGAACAAGAAAGUCGAGCAAAAAAAGGAGGCACAGAAAGAAGAAGGCCAACUGACCAUGCCAGCAGCAUCACGAAUCAAGUUGAAUCAACAUGUCAAAACAAGAAAUUACACAGUGCCUGCUCUCCCCCUCGAGAAGAUUCUAUUGGCAGAAACCCACAUAAACAAUGCUCCGGGAGGCAUUGUCUACCAGCUUCCCUUCCAAAAUGUCAAUUAUCACUCUCAAGUUCGAGUGAUCGACUUCUUUCCCCCAAGGGUAGAAGACUUUGCAGUUCAAACCGCUAGCGCUCCCUUGUUCAGCAAUCAAAAAGGCGCUAUCGAGCCUGAAUUUGGCUGGGAAUGGCGGUUCUGUCUGCUUGUGGAGGGGGUCGAGCCUAGACCUUCCAAACAGCCUCGAGAAGUGAUGAAGAUCUAUGUAUACGGUCAAGAUGGUGAUUGUCUUCUUGACGAUAAUGCAUUCAACCUCCAUCACAACCCGCGGAGAUUGGCAGCGAUAAAAGAGAAGCUUUUCCUCCUAUGGGGCAAUCUCGAAGAGGAAAAGUCGAAAGCCAUGGCUUCUGGUCAACAGAAUUGGGGGCCAGUGAAGUCGUGCCCAUUUGAGUGCUGCAUCAAGGAAUACGGCGUUCAGUGCACCCAUAGCAAAGACCCCAAUAUCAUGGACGUUGACGGCGAGGUGUGCACCCACCCUGGCUGUUUUGGGUGGGAGAGACGGUUUGCCAUGUUCGGCACGACUAUCCACACAUGA